AUGCACAUAAGCAAACAAUAUCUGUUGAUAGGGCUUAUACCCGACGAUGCGGUGGCAGAAUUGUUAGGUUUGGAGCUACCUAAAAGGAUUGUAAACCUGGCACUUGGUAAUUACGCAGCACUUGUAGAAAGUAGUUUUCUCGAUGAAAUUUGGCGAAUCAGAUGUAAUGCAGUUGCUGAGUGGGAAAAGGAAAUCGGUAUAGAUACAGCGAUGAAGAGAAGUAACCCGAAAAGCACUGUCAAAGAGAGUGCCGUUACCGAUAAAAGUUUAACAUCGAGAGUCGAGAAUAACAAGAGUAAAGGGGAGACGAGCG